AUGGAGGCUAAUGAGUUUGAUUUCUACUGGUCAGUUCUAUCGGGUGUCCCCGUUGGAGCUUUAUCGCACCUUCAUAUGAGGGCAGCAAAAUUGACAUUUAUCGAAAAAACACCUCAAUGGAAUAGCAACGUACAUAGUGUGGAUCGUCUUGGAAGAAUUAGUGACCACGCUGACAUUCUUCAUUACACAACUUCCGAGGUGGUGGUCAUAAAGGGACGCGACUUUGUGGUUUGUCGAAUGUGGCGGAAGGUAGGGGACUCCUAUGUGGUCACAGCCACCAGCUUUGAGAAUGAUGUUCCCGUAGUUUCGAAAAAGAAGCGAGGGUGGGUGAAUGUGUGCGCCGGAAAGUUCACUCCUUUACAUUCGGAUCCUUCGAAAUGUAUUGUCGAAUACAUCGUUUCAGUUGAUCUUAAGGAUAAAUUGACUCCAAAAGCGGUGCUGAGCUCGGGAAUCGCCGACAUGUUGAUCAAGGACGCUCGAAAUGCUGACAAGUACAUUGAUGAGGAGAUAUCCAAGCAAAAAUCCUAA